AACUCCACUUCCAUUUUUCUCUUGAUUUGAGGUGGGUUUUGUUUAUUUUGGGCCAUGGCAGCUUGCUGUGAUCUUGAAGCAGAUAUUAAUGGAGAGGAGACUUUCCUGCUAAACAAGAAAAUUAUAUGUUCAUACUCAGGGAGGUUAAGAAAAUUACUCCGUAAAUCCACAGGUUCCAAAAGGAAUAAAGUGAUCUUCCAUGACUUUCCUGGUGGGGCAGAGAAUUUUGACCUUAUAGCAAGGUUUUGUUAUAACAAUGGAGAAAUUGAUGUAAAUCCUUCAAAUAUUUCCUUGUUAUACUCUGCUGCUGAAUUCAUGGAGAUGAACGACUCCGUGUCAGGAAACUGUAAUUUGUUAGAAAAAACGAAGAAAUGCAUCGAAGAGAUCGGGUAUUGGACUUGGCCUGAUCUUUUGGUUGCUUUGAAACAUUGCCAAGAUUUGCAACAGGUUGCCACUUCGGGUAUACUUGAGAAAUGCUUGGAUUCGAUUGUUGGGAGGCUGGCUAUCACAAGUGAAGCAAGUCCUUGUGCGUCUACUUCGUCUCCAGAUAGCUCGGGGUUUCGGUUUUCCUGCGAUACCAGAAGUACCGAGAGUUUGAAGAACAGCUUCUCUCGAGUGAAUUGGUGGUUCGAUGACCUUUCUGUUUUGAGUCCGGAUUUUAUUGAAAUGCUGAUAAAAACUAUGGUAUCUCGAAAGUACAAUCACAUGACCAUCGGCCGGUUCCUCUUCUAUUACCAGAAGUCGAAGUUUUUCACCGUCUCAUCUGAUGAGAAAUGCAAAGUUUUAGAAGUUGUGAUCGAUAUGCUUUACACUCUGGAUCCGAGUUGUGUUUCAUGCAAGAGUUUGUUCGGGAUUCUUCGUGUGUUGCCAGGCUUGAAUAUAAGCAAAAGUAGCAGGAACAAGUUGGAGAGUAUGAUAGGUUCUCAGAUGGAUCAAGUAACAUUAGACAGCCUGCUAAUCCCAUCGCCGUACGGCACAAGUUAUUUGUAUGAUGUGAACCUUAUUCUUAGGUUUCUGAAUGCAUUUUUGUGUGGAGGAGGCUGCCGAUUAUCUCCGGCACGAAUGAAGAAAGUUGCUAGCUUGAUGGAUCUGUAUAUUGCGGAAGUAGCUCCGGAUCCUUUCCUUAGAUCGUCGAAGUUUCUAGCUUUGGUGGUGGCCUUGCCGGAUUCUGCGAGGGACUGUUGGGACGAAUUAUACCAUGCCAUGGAUGUUUAUCUGGAGGUGCAUGCAGGAUUGUCUGAAGAAGAAAAACUAAAGAUAUGUUGUGCACUGAACUACGAGAAGCUCUCUUCUGAUGCUUGCAUACAUCUUUCUCAGAACACAAAUUUUCCGUCGAAAACCGCGGUUCGAGCUCUCGUUUCCCAGCAAUUGAAGCUUAAGAACUCACUGCUGGGCACCAAGAACACUAAACUCGACACGGAUUCCCCUCGUAAAUUCAGUGAAACCCGAGGCAAGGCAAAGAAAGGUGAAGACGGUGAACAAAUUGUUCUUUAUUCCGGGAAACUAGACAUAUCGGCCGACAACGAGAACCUGAGAACACAUUUACAAGGGAUGCAAUGGAGGGUGAUUGAAUUGGAGAAACUCUGCAAGAAAAUGCAGAACCAGAUGACUAAACUCAUGAAAUCCAAGGUAUCAACCCGUAGCACUGCAAGAUCCGUGCCCAGGCUCUGUUCAUGAAAAAACAAUGCAUUAAUGUAUCUCUUGAUUAUUUCCUUUGUCUAUGUAUAGCAUUGAGGUAUGAUUACAAUUACUUUUUUCUUUUC